UAAUAUAGUGUCUAUGCUGUGGCCUCUAAGUCAAAAUAAGUAAACAAGGAAGAACCUCCCGAUAUUUGAUUAAAAUUUGUAGAUGAAAUUAUGGGUGAUUCAGCGCAAAUAAAAGAAAAUGAGAAAAUGUUGUGUCCAGUUUGCGAGAAACCGUGUUUACCUGACGAAAUAGAAAAACAUGUAAACCGAUGCAUUUUUCUGAAUUGCGAAGAGCAUCCAAAACGUAAAAGGCCGCCUUCCCCAGAUUUAACUAGUUCUACUCAGCCUAAACGAACUAUAACCCAGAAAUCUCCCAGAGACAGCAAUUUUGGUCGACAAAUCCAAGAAAACGCGCGAGUUGCUCCAUUAUUUCAAAAAACAGAAUUAAAAAGUAAUAAGUUGGAACCCUUCUCAUUAGAAAAAGAUAACUUGACACAAGGAGGUGCAUCACCAAGCUUUGUUGGUAAACAUAAAUUUAUGGAUAUGUCUUUUAAAGUUCCUUUAGGGAUACAGGUUCAGCCAAAAUCGCUUGAUGACUUUUAUGGUCAAAAUCAUGUGUUGGGUAAAGAGACAGUCUUGCGGUCUUUGUUGGAAAAGGAUGAAAUACCGAAUAUGAUACUUUGGGGCCCACCUGGUUGUGGAAAAACAUCUCUCUCCAGAGUCAUUCACGAAAUCUGUAAAAAGAAUCCGGCCAAGUAUAAGUUUACCUCUUUAUGUGCAGCAGCUUGUGGAGUUAAAGAUGUGUCCAAUAUUGUAGCUCUUGCGAAAAAUGACCUCAAGUUUGGAAAGAGAAACGUAUUAUUUAUGGAUGAAAUUCAUCGUUUUAAUAAAAAGCAGCAAGAUGUAUUUCUUUUGAGUGUAGAAAGGGGCGAUCUCAUUUUAGUUGGUGCCACCACAGAAAAUCCUUCUUUUGCUAUUAAUUCCGCAUUGCUUAGUCGGUGUAGGGUAAUUGUAAUGGAAAAACUUGAGUCUGAUGACUUGUAUUCCAUAUUGGAAAAUGCUGCAGAAUCUUUAGACGUCGAUAUCAUUGAUGUCGAUAAUCCUUACCGUGUUAUUAAGGAUGAAUCAAAUGGAUUUGCGAUUGAGUUAAAAGCUUUAAAAUGGCUGGCAGAUAUAAGUGAUGGAGAUGCAAGGAUUGCCUUAGGAAACCUACAGUUAACUUUGCAGCAUUGUAGCAGCACGAAGGACAAAAUUAUUACAACGGAAGACAUCGAAAAUCAAAUCAAGAAAUCUCAUAUGUUAUAUGAUAGAACGGGUGAAGAACACUACAACAUCAUCUCAGCCAUGCAUAAAUCUAUACGAGGUUCCGACCCAAAUGCCGCACUGUACUGGACCACAAGAAUGAUCGUCAGUGGCGAAGAUCCAAGGUACAUCGCGAGACGGAUGGUGAGAGCUGCCAGCGAGGAUAUAGGAAACGCGGAUCCCAACGCCCUCCAACUGGCCGUAAGUACUAUGCAAGGUUGCCAAUUGUUGGGCAUGCCUGAAUCAGAUGUGUUGCUUGCGCAGUGCGCUAUUUAUUUGGCAAGAGCUCCCAAAUCUCGGGAGGCAGAUGCCGCUCUGACCAAAGCUAAAAACGUGAUUAACACCUUUAAAGGACCUCAGCCGGCGGUGCCCAUGCAUAUUAGAAAUGCUCCCACCAAACUUAUGAAGGAAUUGGGUUAUGGUCGAUUGAAGGAAGGGGAAACGUUUGGAUUUAUGCCUCCAGAAUUGAGUGAUGUUAAUUUUUUCAAUUGACUUCCUUCUUUUGUUAACUGCUUUAUAAUAUAUUAUUUUCAGUUAUAUGCACUCCUUAUUCUUUUCCCGCUA